AUGGAUGGUGCUUCGGACCUCGGAAAAUCAAAGGGAAAGAAGAAGAAUGACGUCGAAUCUAGAAGUCCGAAAUGGUGGAUGAAAUUAAGCUCUAUCGUCGGAAGCUGCUUAUUUUUAAAGCCCAAAGAGGACGGCUCUGCAGAAAGCAACUCUACCAGAAAAUCGGAUUCAGCUGCAUCUUCCUUAUCGUACUUCGAGGAAAUAAAAUUCUCUUCCUAUCUUAGAAGGUUUUCUUUUGAUGAGCUCAAGGAAGUCACAAACAACUUUAGACCUAGCAGCAUUCUUGGCCAGGGGGGUUUUGGUUGUGUUUUUAAAGGUCUGAUCAAACAAGCAAGAUCAACGGGCUCGGGAAUUCCAGUUGCAGUGAAGAUACUUAACCAUGGAGGACUUCAAGGCCACAAAGAAUGGCUUACUGAAAUUAAUUAUCUUGGCGAACUCCAGCAUCCGAAUCUAGUGAAAUUAAUAGGUUACUGUAUUGAGGAAGAAAAAAGGCUGCUUGUGUACGAGUUCAUGCCUCGAGGAAGCUUGGACAACCACCUGUUUAGGAGGUCAACGCCUCUUCCAUGGUCGAUCAGAUUGAAGAUUGUGGUUGGUGCUGCGAAGGGGCUUGCGUUUCUGCAUGAAGAAGCUGACAGAACAGUGAUCUUUAGGGACUUCAAAACAUCCAAUAUCCUGCUGGAUGCGGAUUAUAAUGCAAAACUUUCUGAUUUCGGGCUUGCCAAGGACGGUCCGGAGGGGGACUCAACUCAUGUGUCCACUCGAGUCAUGGGAACAUUUGGGUAUGCGGCUCCCGAGUAUGUCAUGACAGGACACCUUUCUGUGAAGAGUGAUGUGUACAGUUUCGGGGUAGUUCUGCUAGAAUUGCUGACUGGUCGAAAGGCCAUGGACAAGAAUCGUCCCCGAGGCGAGCACAGUUUGGUCGAAUGGGCAAGGCCCAUAUUUGCUGACAGAAGGAGAUUCUACAGGCUGAUGGAUCCUCGUCUUCAAGGUCACUACUCUAUCAGAGGAGCUCAGGCGGCGUCCCACGUCGCAGCUCGUUGCCUUGCCCGCCACCCCAAAGCAAGACCAGUCAUGUCUGAGGUUGUUGCAAUCUUAGAGCCUUUGCUUGAACUCAACGAUACGUAUCUCACUGCUUCAACCUCUUUCCAGUCCAAUAUGGCUGCUCACGGCCUAUCACAGCCCGGCUCGUCCUCCUCCAGGAGCUUACCCAGCCCGUCCUCCUCCAGGAGCUUACCCAACUCGCCCUUUCGCCCUUACUAUCCGCUUCCCUAUCCCAGUCCUAAGACCAGUAUUCCAUGA